GGCAGUUAGGAGAAAGUUAACGGUUCAGGAACACCGAAUGUAUGUUAUACGCAUUGCACCUGGGGAAACUUUCGUCUUUGUAAGUGUUUGGAAGAUACUUGGGCGUUUUUUAUUUGGUGGAUAAAUGUAGAGCAGUGUACAUAAUUUUCGGGUGUAGCAUAAAGAGGAGUGUAAUGUAUUUUUCUUAAUAUUUCAGUUACAGAAACGUUUUUAGCGUACCAUUAAAGUGUGUGCGCGUGUUAGCUAGUGAUGUAUUUUCCCUUCUGACGCCUAAAAAUCAAAAUUUUACUUUAACAUAACGACGUUUAGGACGUUAGUAAAUUAAAUGAGUUUGUGACGCGCUUGUUAGUCAGAGCAGUCAAGCCCCCUGGAGUCUCCUCCUGUCCCUCUGACGUCAUACAGAGUUUAUGAGCGGCUCGCGGGGUUCCGCACUCACCAUCCGUCUGUCGGCAUGAAGAGCGCGCGCACCCUGCAGCAGCUCUCGCUAACAGUGAAGCGGAGCCUUCAUCAUCAUCAUCAUCGUCCUCCUCCUCUGCAUCGCUCCGUGGGAAUUAUCGGAGCGCCUUUCUCCAAGGGCCAGUCCAAGGAUGGAGUGGAGUGCGCACCGAACAAGUUACGAGCAGCAGGACUCCUGGACCGUCUACAGCAACAGGGAUGCGCCGUGAAGGACUACGGGAACCUGACGUUUGAGAACGUCGCACUUGACGAGCCGGUCAAUGGGUCAAAAAGUGUCCGGACGGUGGGAAGUGCCAACCAGAGGUUGUCGGAGGCGGUGAAGGCAGUGAAAAGGGAUGGGCACACCGCCAUGAUCCUUGGAGGAGACCACAGUCUCGCCAUUGGCUCCAUCCACGGUCACACUGCAGCCGUCGGUCCAGUGAGCGUCGUUUGGGUCGAUGCCCACGCCGACAUCAACACGCCGCUGACCUCAAACACAGGAAACGUCCAUGGGCAGCCCAUGUCAUACCUCCUGUACGAGUUGCAGUCAAAGCUCCCCCCGUUGCCAAACUUUUCCUGGAUGAAGCCCUGUGUGUCGUCCCGGGAUCUUGUCUACAUCGGCUUGAGAGACGUGGAUCCGGCGGAGCACUACAUCAUGAAAUUGUUGGCGGUGAAGGCGUUCUGCAUGACACAGGUGGAUCAGCUGGGCAUGGCCAGAGUUAUGGAGGAGACGUGUGAUUACCUGUGGGACAGAGCAAAGAAACCGAUCCACCUGAGCUACGACAUCGACGCCAUCGACCCUUCCAUUACCCCAGCAACAGGAACACCUGCGGUAGGAGGGCUCACCUACAGAGAGGGGGUUUACAUCACAGAGUACCUCUAUCAGACAGGUCUGCUCUCAGCUGUGGACAUGGUGGAGGUGAACCCUCUGAGGGGACGGACGGAGGACGACGUCCGCUCUACCGUCAGCACGGCGGUCGACCUGCUGCUCGGAUGUUUCGGACGUCGCCGGGAAGGAAACCACCCGCCGGAUUAUUCCCUGCCAGAGCCGUAACAAGGACAAUUCCUGUCUGUCUGCCAGGAGCCCGAACGCAUCACACUGAGAAAUCCUUCACUAUGAAUGUAACUGCUGCUAUGAGGCCUCGAGGUGGUCAUCUUCCAAUGAGUUUUAAGAACCCAAUCAGUUCACUCAACUUAAAAAUGCACAAAUUAUGGCACAUGUAUAAACUUUUAAUUAUGUAUUGUCGAUUUAUCGUUUUAUCUA